UAUGGAUGCGAUCAUGGGUAGGGUACCUCUGUAAAUCCUCAGCCCACUUCCUCACGAAUUCAACUUCACUUCUGCACCAGCGAUUAGGCUUUAUAACAACACAAUGGCUGAUGCACCCCCUUCCCUCCCGGGCCCCAUGCCCUCGUCCUUUGACGGCGACCAGGAACUUCAGAAUGAAAGACCAAUGCAAAAGGUCCUCCGCAAGAUCAAGGAGGAGCCAUUGAUCCCCCUCGGAAUGGGCCUGACCACUCUCGCCUUUAUUAAUGCCUACCGAGCUCUCCGCCGUGGCGAUUCAAAACAGGCGAACCGCAUGUUCCGAGCCCGAGUUGCAGCCCAGGGAUUUACCGUAUUCGCCAUGCUGGCCGGCAGCAUGUAUUACCAGAAAGACCGCGAGAAGAGCAAGGAGCUCCGCCAGCUCCAGGAGCAGAAGGAUGCUGAAGAGAAGCGACAAAAGUGGAUUCGUGAGCUCGAGGCCCGAGAUGAGGAGGAAAAGGCCAUGCGUGCGAGACUCGAGAAAAAGAGACAGCAGGUCCAGGCCCAGCGGGCCGAGGAGGCCAGGGCAACUGCAGAAUUGCAACCCGAAGGCAACGAAGCUUCCAGUAAUGGAGGUAUUCUAAGCCGCAUUGGUUUAUGGCCACAGGGCAGCAAAGAAGAGAAGAAGGAUGAUGACAAAACUGCCGCACAAGCUGUCGAGGACGACGCCAGCGCAAAGAAGAAGAAGAAUCCCAAAAGUUCUCUGGGCGAUCUCGGCGAAAUUAUCUCAAAGAGGAACGACUGAGAGCAAAGAAUGUACAUUAGGAGCCAUUGGUCAUGAUGGAGGUCUGUAUAAAAGUUUCGCAUGCCGAUUUAUGGCAGAAGGACAUUGUGUACGAUAGACAACGGGCGGUACCUUCGAGUACAGCGUGGCUCUACUCCCAAGCUACGCAAAUGUUAAUGAUUGUUUA